AUGCUUCCAGUCAGCCUGGCUGACCCGCUCACUGUCAGCCUCAGCCCUCAUCACCGUAAGCCUGCUGCCCGUCCUCCACCACUGUGCUGGUCUGGAGAGCGGGACCAAGUAGCCAGCGUCCUGGCCACAGCAUCCCCGCAGGCCCUGCAGCCCCCAGCAGCCGCCACCGUGCCCCCGUCCCCGCUCAGGGUGGCUGUGGUGUGCAGCAGCAACAUGAACAGGAGCAUGGAAGCCCAUGAUAUCCUCCAGAAAAGGGGGUUCUGCGUCCGGUCUUUUGGAGUCGCGCGUCAGGUGAAGCUCCCGGGUCUCAUACGCAAUUGCCCCGUGCUCUAUGACUUCUCCACGACCUACAAGCAGAUGUAUAAGGACCUCUGGAGGAAAAACCGGGAAUGCUACAGCAGCAACGGAAUCCUUCAACUCUUGGGGAGAAACCAGAGGAUCAAGCCGCACCCAGAAAGGUUCCAGGAGUGCAGCGACCCCUUUGAUGUCAUCUUCACCUGCGAGGAGAGGGUCUAUGACCGAGUGGUGCAAGACCUAUGCGCCAGGGAACAGGCGACCUUCCAGCCUCUGCAUGUGGUCAACGUGGACAUUGUGGACACCUUGGAGGAGGCCACCCUUGGGGCUUUCCUCAUCUACAGGCUGUGCCAGAGCCUCCAGCAGGCAGGCGACAUGGAAGACAGUCUUGGUCAGCUGCUGCUGGCUGCGGAGGAGAAAACUGGAAAGAGCUUUCUUCUACUGAAGGAUUUUUAGGUGCAUCCCACUGGGGAAGAGAGAAGAGCAAGGAAAGGAAAUCCUUGGGAAACCGAGGACAACGGCUGGUAGUCAUGGAAACAAUCCAAACUGGGGGACAUUGCUCUGGGUACUUUAGGCACAAGAAGUAAUUCAGUGCUCACGUGGGUCUGCAAGGAAGUUAUUGCCACAGCCUGCAUUUUGCAGAUGAGCAAAGAAAAGUUUAUAAUGGAGUGUGGAACUCCAUUUGGUGAAGGAUAUUCAGCCAGGAAACAUUUUUCAGGCCAUCAAAUUUUUUCUCAGCCUUCUUUUGGAGACUCGAGGGGAGAACUAAUUUCCUUGCCUUUCCUAGCUUCUAGAAAGCACCAUGUUUCUUGGCUGAUGGUCUCCUAUUCCAUCUUCAAAGCCAGCCAUGGAAAGUUGAGUCCUUUCACAUGGCAUCACUCUGUCCUCCUCUUCUUCCUCCCUUUUCCACAUUGAAGGACCCUUGUAAUUACAUUGGGCUCACCCAGAUAAUUCAGGUUGAUCUCCCAAUUUUAAGGUCUGUGGUGUUAAAAAGCAAGCCACAGGCCCAAGGUGGAGUCACUCGCCCUCACAACUGCAAACCAAGCCUUAAUUGCAGUUUCAAACUUCUCCAGGAGUGGACUUGGAAAGCAAUCAAUCUGGGCUUUUCUACUUAGCACCAAUAGGCUAAUCAGUCACAUAGGUCUUCUCCAUCUCCCAAAGGAAGGUGAGGUAAUUCCCCUAAUAAGACCUCCUCCCAUUUCCAUUCAGGGAAGGGGAUUUUGCCUGAAACAGUCCCUUAUUUUCUUUGCUAAAAACCUCUUGCUUGAUUGUCCUUUCUAUAAAAAGCCUUGCAUUUUGUAUAACUCCUCUGAGCUCCCCUCUACUCUCUGGAUGAUAUGCUGCCUGAUUCAUGAAUUGAUUAAU